AUGGGUGCACAAAAAUCACUGACAGUGUGUCUACUGUUUUGCAGCACGUGUUACAGUCUUAGCAGAUUCUGUUCCAAGCUGAAACAUCUGGAUCUGACAUCUUGCGUAGCCAUCACAAACAGCUCCUUGAAAGGCUUAAGUGAGGGUUGCAGAAAUCUGGAACAUUUGAAUCUUUCCUGGUGUGAUCAGAUUACGAAGGAUGGUAUUGAAGCACUGGUGAAAGGGUGUAGUGGACUAAAAGCUCUAUUUCUUAGAGGUUGCACACAGUUAGAAGAUGAAGCAUUGAAACACAUUCAAAAUCACUGUCAUGAACUUGUAAUCCUGAAUUUGCAAUCCUGUACACAAAUUUCAGAUGAAGGCAUUGUAAAAAUCUGCAGAGGGUGCCACAGACUCCAGUCCCUCUGUGUUUCAGGCUGUAGCAACCUUACAGAUGCUUCUCUCACAGCACUUGGUCUAAACUGUCCAAGGCUGAAGAUUUUGGAAGCUGCAAGAUGUUCACAUCUAACAGAUGCUGGGUUUACCCUUUUAGCACGGAAUUGCCACGAGCUGGAGAAGAUGGACUUGGAAGAGUGUGUUUUGAUAACUGACAGCACAUUGAUACAACUUUCCAUACACUGUCCCAAGCUACAAGCAUUGAGCUUAUCUCACUGUGAGUUGAUCACUGAUGAUGGAAUUCUUCAUCUGAGCAAUAGUACGUGUGGCCACGAGAGGCUGCAGGUGCUGGAGCUUGAUAACUGCCUUCUCAUCACUGAUGUGACUCUGGAGCACCUGGAGAACUGCCACAACCUGGAGAGAAUUGAGCUGUACGACUGUCAGCAAGUGACACGCGCUGGAAUCAAGCGGAUCAGAGCUCACCUACCUCAUGUGAAAGUUCACGCUUACUUUGCUCCAGUGACUCCCCCUCCUUCGGUAGGAGGGAGUGGACAGCGCCUCUGCAGAUGCUGCAUUAUCCUUUGA